CCUUUCAGCUGCCCGCUCCCCAGACACACCCGCGGCCCUGCCCAGCAGGCUCUGCUCACCCGCCGCGGGGGUGACAGUGAUGUCACAGGUACACAGUGCCAGCCACAUGCAGGGCGCCAAGCAAAACAGCCAGGGCGACUGUGUGCAUCAUCAGUGCCCGGGAAGGAAGGCCACCAAAAGAACCUGUAAAUGCCCCAGACAUGAGCCAGCCCAGGCCCCGCUACGUGGUAGACAGAGCUGCAUACUCUCUUACCCUCUUCGAUGAUGAGUUUGAGAAGAAGGACCGGACGUACCCACUGGGAGAGAAGCUUCACAAUGCCUUCAGAUGUUCUUCGGCCAAGCUCAAAACUCUGGUGUUUGGGCUGUUUCCCAUACUCUCCUGGCUCCCCAAGUACAAAAUCAGAGACUAUAUCAUCCCUGACCUGCUUGGAGGCCUCAGCGGUGGGUCCAUCCAGGUCCCACAAGGCAUGGCGUUUGCUCUUCUGGCCAACCUCCCUGCAGUCAACGGCCUCUACUCCUCCUUCUUCCCUCUGCUGACCUACUUCUUCCUGGGGGGCAUACACCAGAUGGUGCCAGGUACCUUUGCUGUUAUCAGUAUCCUGGUGGGUAACAUCUGUCUGCAGCUGGCCCCCGAGUCAAAAUUCCGGGUCUUCAACAAUGCCACCAACGAGAGCUCCGUGGACACUGCAGCCAUGGAGGCCGAGAGGCUGCGCGUGUCCGCGACGCUAGCCUGCCUGACUGCUGUCAUCCAGAUGGGCCUGGGCUUCAUGCAGUUCGGCUUUGUGGCCAUCUACCUCUCCGAGUCCUUCAUCCGGGGCUUCAUGACGGCCGCCGGCCUGCAGAUCCUGAUAUCCGUGCUCAAGUACAUCUUUGGGCUGACCAUCCCCUCCUACGCGGGCCCCGGGGCCAUCGUCUUGACCUUCAUUGACAUUUGCAAAAACCUCCCCCACACCAACAUCGCCUCGCUCAUCUUCGCCCUCAUUAGUGGUGUGUUCCUGGUGCUGGUGAAGGAGCUCAACGCUCGCUACAGGCACAAGAUCCACUUCCCCAUCCCUACGGAGAUGAUUGUGGUGGUGGUGGCGACAGCUAUCUCCGGGGGCUGCAAGAUGCCCAGAAAGUAUCACAUGCAGAUUGUGGGAGAGAUCCAACAAGGGUUCCCUACUCCUGUGUUACCUGUGGUCUCACAGUGGAAGGACAUGGUUGGCACAGCCUUUGCCCUGGCCAUCGUGGGCUAUGUCAUCAACCUGGCUAUGGGUCGGACCCUGGCUGGCAAGCACGGCUAUGACGUGGAUUCCAACCAGGAGAUGAUCGCCCUGGGCUGCAGCAACUUUUUUGGCUCCUUCUUUAAAAUCCAUGUCAUUUGUUGUGCACUCUCCGUCACUCUGGCUGUGGAUGGAGCUGGGAGCAAGUCCCAGGUGGCAAGCCUGUGUGUAUCUCUGGUGGUGAUGAUCACCAUGCUGGUCCUGGGGUCCUAUCUGUACCCUCUCCCCAAGUCUGUGCUAGGAGCCCUGAUAGCUGUCAACCUCAAGAACUCCCUCAAGCAACUUGCCGACCCCUACUACCUGUGGAGGAAAAGCAAACUGGACUGUUGUGUCUGGGUGGUGAGCUUCCUCUCCUCCUUCUUUUUGAGCCUGCCUUAUGGUGUGGCAGUGGGUGUCGCCUUCUCCGUCCUGGUUGUGGUCUUCCAGACCCAGUUUCGAAAUGGCUAUGCUUUGGCCCAGGUCAUGGACAUGGACAUUUAUGUGAAUCCCAAGACCUACAAUAGGGUCCAGGAAGUCCAGGGGAUCAAGAUUGUCACUUACUGCUCUCCUCUCUACUUUGCCAACUCAGAGAUCUUCAGGCAAAAGGUCAUUGCCAAGACGGGCGUGGAUCCCCAGAAAGUACUGCUGGCCAAGCAGAAAUACCUCAAGAAGCAGAAGAAGGGGAGAGCGAUGCCCACGCAACAGAGGAAGUCUCUGUUUAUGAAGACCAAGACUGUCUCCCUGCAGGAGCUCCAGCAGGACUUUGAGAACCCUUCCCCAACUGACCCCAACAACAACCAGACGCCUGCUAAUGGUGCCAGCGUGUCCUACAUCACCUUCAGUCCUGACAGCCCCCCAGCUUCCCAAUGCGAGCCACCAGCCCCUGCUGAGACCUCCAGUGAGCCCACUGACAUGCUGCCCAGUGUCCCACCCUUCAUCACCUUCCAUACCCUCAUCCUCGACAUGAGUGGGGUCAGCUUUGUGGAUCUGAUGGGCAUCAAAGCCUUGGCCAAGCUGAGCUCCACCUAUGGGAAGAUCGGUGUGAAGGUCUUCUUGGUGAACAUUCACGCCCAGGUGUACAGCGACAUUAGUCAUGGGGGCGUCUUUGAGGAUGGAUGUCUAGAACGCGACCACGUCUUUCCCAGCAUACACGACGCAGUCCUCUUUGCCCAGGCAAAUGCCAGAGAAGCGUCCCCAGGACGUGACUUCCAGGAGGCUCCAAUGGACCCUGAGAUCUCCUUAUACGGUUCAGAGGAGAGUGCUAGCUACUGGGAUUUAGAACAGGAGAUGUUUGGGAGCAUGUUUCACACAGAGACUCUGACCGCCCUGUGAGGACCCAGCAGUUCCCAUGCUGCCUCCAGAGCGCAUGGCACCUGGGACUUCGUGAAGGAUGAGCCUGGGAAAGCAGCAGAUGGCAGGUACAGGAGAGUACUUCACCAGGACCUUGGCUCCUCUCUAUUCUCCUCCUCCUCCUCUCAAGUUCCCCCACCUCCCUCCUGGCACCUCUAGAGUGAGGCAAUCUCAGAAGCAGGAAAAGCCACCUCUUUACCCUUCGCUGACCUCCAUGGCCCUGGCCAGCAAGCGUCCUGUUUCUUCCCCAUGGCAACUGAUGGGAGCCCCUGACUGCUGGGCUUGAAGCAUGAGCCAAGAACAGAUGGGCAAGUGCAACUACUGACUUAGAGUGCAAGUUUCCAAAGUGUCCUUGGACCCGCAUGGCUUGGUGUCAAAUGGUGUCGAGCUAUCACAAGACACAGGGACAAACUUGGCUUAGGACUCUGUUGCUUGCCCCCUCCAGCUGCCCCAACUCUGCUCCUGGUAGCUCUGCCCCUCUGGAACCAUGUGCUCCCUACAACCCAGGCAUCUCUGUCUUGGUGACUAUGUCACUUCCUCCUCGUCUCCAGGCGGCCGGGACCUCCAUGCUAUUCAACACAUCAGACUCGGGCCUGGGGAGCAUCCAAAGCCCUCAGGGCCAGCAGAGCUACCUCCCCAGGGGUAGUCCACGAAGGAGCUGCCCCAGCUUCCUGACACAUCAUCACUCCCCCUGCCCUCAGGGGCUGCUUCCUUCCACUUGAGAUGGUAGGAACCCGGAAGGGAAAGGAGGGUAGCUGGCCGAAUCCUCUGGCAACCUAGCAACAGGUACAAGUUAUUCUGCACAAAAGCUUUGGGGAGUCCCUCUUUGUAUCAGAGAUGGGGGUGGGGUUAGUGCCAAUUUAGGGCAACUGGUGGGCCCUCAGGGGGCCCGGACAGUCCCCCUGACCUCACAGCGCAUCAGGGAAAUGUGUCCCCCACUUGAGAAAUCUCCUUUGUCCUUCUUCACUUGGCAAAGAGCCAAUGCAUUUAACUCUUCCUUAUCUGCUUGGGGCUUGAAUCCCUCAUUCAGGCAAGGGAAUGUGCCCCCCCGAAGGCUGGCCACAUCCCCCAACCAGGCACAGCACAUGGAGAAGGGCUGACGCAGUUUGGAUCUCCCUCCACAGGGAUUCCUUAACACACUCAGGACCUGCAGCCACCUCCUUCUAGGAAAGCUGAGAAUGGGGAUUAAGUGCUCUCUGUACAUAGGGAGGUAACUAGAGGAACCCCACAGUGACUUGAAAAUAAAUAGGUCCCGUGUGCAAGUGUUUGGGAAAAUGGCCAUGCACGUGCACAGAACACCUCUUGGCCUCUCCCCGCUGCUUCUCCCAGGCUCCUUAGACUUAAUGACCCCUGCCCAACAGGUUGGGCUGGCCCAGCCUGGAAAAGCUCCCCAAUUCCUAACUUCAGCCUGAUCUGCAUUGUGUGUCUGUGUGCUGAGUGAGCCGGUCAGCUAGCGAGUCUCCUCCGAGUUAAAGGAGGGGUGCUGGCGAGGAGCCAGCAGAUUCUUGGCACACGAGCAUUGCUUCUCUGUGAAUUCAUUAUGCCAUCUGGCUGCCCGUGGGACUCAGAACUUGGAAGGCAGAAGAAAAUGUUAUCUGGGAUUCACCAUGCCCAGCACCCACAGUGCCAAAUUCCAGGAAGACAGGACCUUAGCCAAAUGGCAACUCACCCUCCCCUAUUUCACCUCCUUUAACGUCUAGCUCCGGAGCCUACUAGGGGGAAAAAGAGCACAGUCUCAGGACAUUCCAAGGCAAGAGGUCCCCUUUGAACCAAGUGUUUCUAUCCGUCAAGGACUCAGUGAAGUCACCGUGACCCACCAGGCUGGCCCCAGGCUUGAAGAGGAUGGCUAACUCACAAUGGCCUGCAGUGGGGCUUGGGGAGGGACCCUGCAACGUGACCAGUGGUAUACGUACUCACAGGGGCCACAGUGGAGGUGAGAUUAGAAACACAUGGGGAGGAGAAAGACAUUAAAGAAAACUUCACUUUUAGAAUACUUUGGAAAGAACACAGAUUCACACAGACCACUCUCUGGAAAUUAUCGAAGCAGGAAAGGAGGGCAAGGUAGUGAAAUAAUCCAGAAUUUCAAUACUUUUAAAUGUUCUUAGUGAUACUGACCGGUGAUAAUGUGGUUCCCGGGGCAAGCUGGGACUCUUGAGAUAUUUGUGUAAUUUAUUUAAUUUAAACACCAUUCUCCUUUUGUUCAUUUUGGUAAUAAAGUGCUUUUAAAAUGUGAA